AUGCAGGCCGCCCUGAUCCUGCAGCAGGUCGCGGUUGAAGCGCCGCCGCUGCACUUGGCCCGCGCGACCGCCGACGGCUUCCGCAGCCUAGCCAGCAGCCUGGGCGUGCCCGCCGGGGACAGCUUCCUGGUGCUCUUCGACGCCGUCCUGGACCGCAUGCUGGCGGCAGGGAUGGCAUCGUGGAUAGUGGACUAUGUCGCUGUGGUUUGCGUCGACGCGGUCCUGUCGUCAGAUGACCCUGGCAGCGCCCACCUGCUGCGAGAGGACGCAGUAGCGGCCUGGUGCGCGCGCACCACGGCCACACAGGAGAGGCGGCUGCACGACUUGCUGAACAGCGGCGGCGGCCCACAGGAGGGGCCGGACGGUGAGAGCGCAGCGCUGGCGGCGGUCGGGGCGGCGGCGGAGGCACUGCUGCAGGUGGCUGGCGCCCUAAGGGCCCCGCUAGAGCACGCCAGCAGGCCCGACCUGGCCGCCCUCCCCGAGCGCCUGCAGCUGCUGCAGCAGGCCGCGCGCGCCGCUGCCUACUGCCGCUCGGCCGGCGUGGCGCUGCAGGCGCCGCCGCCGGCGUACGCGUCACCGAUCGUGGCGCUGUUCCUCGGCGGGGGCGCAGGGGCGGCGGGGCAGGGCGCGCGGCAGCUUGGCACGCAGCGGCAGGCAGAGGCGGCGCGGCGAGCGCGGCUGGCGCUGCUGUUCUACCACCUGGCAGAUGGCGGCUGGGGGCCGCGCCCCGGUGCGGCGGGCGGCAGCAGCUGCGUCACGGCAGCGGGCUUUGCGCGCGCGUUUGGGCUGCCGCAGGGCCUGGCGACACAGUGGGAGGCGCAGCAGCUCUUGGACCGCGCGGGAGGCGGCGAGGGUGGAGGCGGUGCGCACCUCUCGCGCGCGUGCGAGCUGCUGCUGGGCUGCGCCAAUGCGAGCACGCCCUUCAGGGUCGUCGAGGCACUGGCCGCCGCCGGCCGCCCCGCGCAGGCACUGGCGGUGCAGCGCGCGCGGGGGCUGGCGGCCCACGAGCGGGCCGCCCACCUGGAGACGCUGAUGUGGCAGCUGCUGGACUGGGCCGGCGCCCGCGAUGACGACGCACGCCGCCGCGCGGCAGCAAGCGAAAGCGAGAGUGCCUCUGUCGAGCCUUGCUGGCUGCAGCGCGCGCUGCAGCUGCCACUGGGGUCUGAUGAGGAGGAGGCGCUCGCGGCAUGGCUCGCUCUCCGGGCCGAGAAGGGGCUCACGGACGGCAACCUCCUGCCGCUGUUCCUGCUGCAGGUGUGUCAGCUUGGGUUGGGGGUGGAUGGGUUUGUCGGCCGUGCCCCCUGA